GCAUGCGCGAGCGGGCCCCGAGCUCCGUGGGUCGAGGAUUCAGGUAGCGCGCCGUGGCGCCGCCAGCAACCAGUUCCUUCACUCGGGACACUUGGGUGGCUUCAGCCGCCCCUCGGACCAACCCAGUGCCUUGACCUCCUUGAGGACAGCGCGCCGGGCCCGCCGCGCCGGGCCACCGGCCGGCUGCGUCCUCACGUGCGGAGGCCGCCACAGUGACCCCGCCCCCGGGCCCGGGAUGUGAGGCCCGCGGGGUGUCCCCGCACCGGGCCUAGGCGCCGGGAGUGGCCGGCUCGGCAGCGCCGGGCGAUGGCCCUGCUGCCGGUGCUCCUCGCCUCCUGGGGCCUGGGGCAGUGAGGGGGCCGGCGGGCGAGGGCAAGGUGGCCGCGGGCGCCAUGGAGGGGGUGCUGUACAAGUGGACCAACUAUCUGAGCGGUUGGCAGCCUCGGUGGUUCCUUCUCUGUGGGGGAAUAUUAUCUUAUUAUGAUUCUCCUGAAGAUGCUUGGAAAGGUUGCAAAGGGAGCAUCCAGAUGGCGGUGUGUGAAAUUCAAGUUCAUUCUGUAGAUAACACACGCAUGGACCUGAUAAUCCCUGGGGAACAAUAUUUCUACCUGAAGGCCAGAAGUGUGGCUGAGAGACAACGGUGGCUGGUAGCCUUGGGGUCAGCCAAGGCCUGCCUGACAGACAGUAGGACCCAGAAAGAAAAAGAGUUUGCUGAAAACACUGAAAACUUGAAAACCAAAAUGUCGGAACUAAGACUCUACUGUGAUCUUCUUGUUCAGCAAGUAGAUAAAACAAAAGAAGUGACCGCAACUGGUGUGUCCAAUUCCGAGGAGGGAAUUGAUGUGGGAACUCUGCUGAAAUCAACCUGCAAUACUUUUCUGAAGACUUUGGAGGAAUGCAUGCAGAUCGCAAACGCAGCCUUCACUUCUGAGCUGCUCUAUCGCACUCCCCCAGGAUCACCUCAGCUGGCCAUGCUCAAGUCCAACAAGAUGAAACAUCCUAUUGUACCAAUUCAUAAUUCAUUGGAAAGGCAAACAGAGUUAAACAGUUGUGAGAAUGGAUCUUUAAAUAUGGAAAUAAAUGAUGAUGAAGAAAUCCUAAUGAAAAACAAGAGCUCCUUAUGUUUGAAACCCGCAGAGACAGAUCGCAGCAUAUCAAGUGAAGAAAAUACAGAUGAUCAUAUAACAGUCCAGAGUGAAAUGGUAAAGGAAGAUGGAGAGGAAAACCUGGGAAAUCAUGACAGCCACUUGGCACAGUCUGAAUCACACUCCUCAAGCAGCUCUCCAGAAGCCCACUGGGAAGAAGGCCAAGAAGUCAUCCCAACUUUCUUUAGUACCAUGAACACCAGCUUUAGUGACAUCGAACUUCUGGAAGACAGUGGCAUUCCCACAGAAGCAUUCUUAGCAUCAUGUUAUGCUGUGGUUCCAGUAUUAGACAAACUUGGCCCUACAGUGUUUGCUCCUGUUAAAAUGGAUCUAGUUGGAAAUAUUAAGAAAGUAAAUCAGAAGUAUAUAACCAACAAAGAAGAGUUUACCACACUCCAGAAGAUAGUGCUGCACGAGGUGGAGGCCGAUGUAGCCCAGGUUAGGAACUCAGCUACAGAAGCCCUCCUGUGGCUGAAGAGAGGUCUCAAAUUUUUGAAGGGAUUUUUGACAGAAGUGAAAAAUGGAGAAAAGGACAUCCAGACAGCCCUGAAUAAUGCAUAUGGUAAAACAUUACGGCAACACCAUGGCUGGGUAGUUCGAGGGGUUUUUGCGUUAGCUCUGAGGGCAGCUCCAUCCUAUGAAGAUUUUGUGGCUGCAUUAACCAUUAAGGAAGGCGACCACCAGAAAGCAGCUUUCAGUGUUGGGAUGCAGAGGGACCUCAGCCUUUACCUCCCCGCCAUGGAAAAGCAGCUGGCGAUACUGGACACUUUAUAUGAGGUCCACGGACUGGAGUCUGACGAGGUGGUAUGAUGUCUGCAGGGCAGCGCCGCCUCCUAACUUCAGGGAAUAAAGUUCGCUAACGUGUUUCAUUGCCCUACUUAAUUUCCAGCAGGAGCUUCAGUCCUCUCCAAUCCCUUACUUGGGGGGAUGGAGAGGAGGAGACAAAGCCUAGUGCUUUUAUGUAUAAUUUUUUAAAUGCAUAUAUGUUUUGUGUGUUUAAAAAUCAAGGUGCUAUAUAUUCAGUUCAAAGGGCCUCCUGGAAACCAAAUCAUAGCUGUUACACAGACGUGAACGGCGAGUUAUAAGAGCAGAUUUGACAAAUGAAUUUGUUAGUAUUGUGUUUUGCUUUUAGUUUUAAUGGGCCACCCAAACCCAAGCUGAAAAUGAGCAAUUUUUUUAUCAAGCACUGUAACUCAUAGCCAGUGUUUCAAUCAAUUUAGAAUUAGACUAAAAAUUUAGAGGGAGCUCAGCCCCUUUGUUGAAGCUAUUGAAAUGUAGAGUUUGCUAUUUCUAGACGUCCUGCAAAGAAUCCUCUUCUCUGUGGCUCUGUGGGCCAGAAGAGCCUGUGUAGUCAGUGUGUCGGGGGCUUUGGUGUGACCAAGCAGUGCCAUCCCUGUUUACGGGCCAGGAGACUGGCUCUGAAGAGAUGAGUGGUAUGUCCUAGCCCCGAGCUGGAGGACAGUAUGGGAGGGGUGGGACAGGUCAUCUGAGGUGACCCCUGUGCAGUGCACACCCUUUGCCAGCCUGCUUUCCUCGGCAUCAUCUCAGUUGGACAUCAGAGCAAAACCGUGACAUUCGGGGAUUAUUAUUAAACUUCAAAAGUAAGGUUUAAAGGUCGAAGGAUUUGCUCAGUCCCACAGCCACUGAAUAGAAGAACUACGUGAUUUCCAUGUGUGAUCUGGACCACCUCUGCAUCAAAAUCACAUGGAGCGCUUGUUUGAAAAGCAAAUUCCCAGGCCUUACCUUGACCUGAAGAACCAGAAUUAUGCGAUUGGGACCCAGGAUAAUAAACCUUGAAUUUGAAUAAA